AUGGGACCGGCGGCUUACGGUAGGAAUGCUGAUGGGGAUGUAGUUAUGGCUUUAAGUAAAGAAGAGAACGAAGCUUUUGAAGUCGAAGAUGUGGAAGAAAUGGCACUGUUGAGAGGCCUACAGUUCACCUCAAACCUUGGUAUACAGAAUUUAAUCAUCAAUAGUGACAAUCUAUUGCUAGUUGAAGAAGUUAAUAUUGCUGAUGAGUCAAAUGCCAUGUAUAGAAACAUUAUUGCCGAAGCCAAGCGUCUUAUGAACACCUUUCCUAUAUGCAUCCUGGAACACUACAGCAGACUCACAAAUGGUGCGGCACAUAGACUUGCUAGGCACUCAUGGAAUAUUAAAGAUGUCCAAAUAUGGUGGCGUAAUUGUCCUGAUUUCAUUGUAAAUGUUGUUUACCAUGACAAACAGUUUUUGUAA